UCUUACAAGUGGGCCGCCUGCCUCGUACAGGUGAUGGGGGAGCGGGCUCCAGGCAGUUGAUAUUUGCUGCGUUUUCAUACCUGUUGCUCGGGAAGUGGAACAGAGUCCUUGAACGCUCCUCUGUCGCGUGGUGUGUGCGCUGGAGGGGCUGUUCCAAGGGCACCUGUGCUCCCCCAUCCCUCCAGGUUACUUGGCAAGCUGGUACCUGCAAAAACGGGUUUUACACCUGAGUGCCUUGCAUUCAGCAGGCGGGUUUGCUUGCGUUCCAGUAGAGAGAUCUCUUAAGCCAUGCGUUUUUGCACUCUCUGAGCAGCACGUGCUGUGUCUGUGGACUCGCUGGAUGUUGUUCUGAUCCCUGCAGGUUGACACUCUGAACGAGGCCAUCUUCCCACGCAGCAAUGGCACCCACGCUUGCUACCGCCCAUCGCCGGCGCUGGUGGAUGGCAUUCACAGCCAUCAUUGAGAACCUGCUCUUCUCUGCUGUCCUGCUGGGCUGGGGGUCCCUCCUCAUCAUGCUGAAGGCAGAAGGGUUUUAUUCCUACCUGUGCCACGAGUCAGAAAACACCACCAGUAGUCCUGAACACAAGAACAGCACAGCUCCAGAGCACAAAUGGCCUUCCUGCAACGCCCAGGAUGAAAUGCUGAAUUUGGCCUUUACCGUUGGGUCCUUCCUGCUCAGUGCGAUCACGCUGCCCCUAGGAAUUGUCAUGGACAAGUACGGCCCUCGCAAGCUGCGGCUGCUUGGCAGUGCCUGCUUUGCUGUGUCCUGUGUGCUGAUUGCGUACGGUGCCAGUAACCCAGACUCUCUGUCUGUGCUGAUAUUCAUUGCGCUGGCUCUGAAUGGCUUUGGUGGGAUGUGCAUGACCUUCACAUCGCUUACGCUGCCCAACAUGUUUGGUGACCUUCGUUCCACGUUCAUUGCUCUGAUGAUUGGCUCCUAUGCUUCCUCUGCUGUGACUUUUCCAGGAAUCAAGGUUAUAUAUGACUUUGGGGUCUCCUUCAUCCUUAUUCUGCUUGUCUGGGCAAGCUGUGCAGGACUAGUUUUCCUCAAUUGUUUCUUCAACUGGCCACUGGAGCCUUUCCCAGGACCAGAAGACAUGGACUAUUCGGUGAAAAUAAAGUUCAGCUGGCUGGGAUUUGACCACAAAAUCACUGGGAAACAGUUUUACAAGCAAGUAACAACUGUGGGGCGCCGUCUCAGCGUGGGGAGCUCCAUGAAGGGCCCCAAAGAGCCAGCAGCCUUGCAAGAGAACAACAAGCUCUGUCUGUCUACGGUGGACCUAGAAGUGAAGUGCCAACCUGACAACACAGCUUCUCCCUCCUUCAUGAAGAGCGUCUUCAGUCCUAUUUUGUUGCUCAGCCUUAUCACCAUGUGUGUCACUCAGCUGCGGCUCAUCUUCUACAUGGGAGCUAUGAAUACCAUGCUUGAGUUUCUGUCUGGAGAUGAAGAUCAAGUGGCUCUCUACACUUCUAUUUUUGGGGUAUUGCAACUGCUGUGCUUGCUGACAGCGCCUGUGAUCGGGUACAUCAUGGAUUGGCGACUGAAAGAAUGCAACGAUGGCUCGGAAGAGAAUGAGGAGAGCAACGCUGAGCAAAGUGACAAGAAAAAGAAAAAGCGUGAUCGUCAGAUCCAGAAAAUCACCAAUGCCACCAAUGCCUUUGCAUUCACAAAUGUCCUGCUGGUUGGAUUUGGAAUCACCUGUCUUAUUCCUAAUCUACCGUUGCAGAUUCUUUCCUUCAUUUUGCACACAAUCGUGAGAGGAUUCAUCCACUCAGCUGUGGGAGGCCUCUAUGCAGCUGUAUACCCCUCCACGCAAUUUGGCAGCUUGACAGGGUUGCAGUCGUUGAUCAGUGCCCUUUUCGCCCUUCUGCAGCAGCCUCUUUUUAUGGCGUUGACGGGACCUUUGGAAGGAGACCCUCUCUGGCUGAACGUUGGCUUGCUUGGUGUGAGCCUCCUGGGUUUCUGCCUUCCAAUCUACCUGGUCUGCUACAGACGCAGGCUAGAGAGAGAAAAAAAACAGAAGAUGGAUGAUGCCAAACUUUUCUUCAAAAUCAAUGGCACUCCCAAUGAGGAAGCCUUUGUUUAAACUGGUGCUUCAAAUACAACCUCCCCUGUACAGGUUCCUACCACAUCUGUGGGUUCUACCUGUGGUGUAAGCCAGGCUUUUUCUCUCCUGGCUCUGCCAGUCUUUGCUCCUCACUGGAGUGAGGGCUGGACAUCAUGACUGAGCUUUCCUCAGAUAUACAGCAGGAGGAGACUUCCUUCUCCUUACUCCAGAACACGGGACACUUUUCCUUUUUAUAAAGGCCAUGCAGAUAUUGUGUCUUAAAUUAUCCCCUGAUCACACUCUCCAGCAGCAGAGUCUCCGCAUAGGAGAUUGGAGAGAGAAGGAAUAGAGGGAUGGGGGAAGGGGGAAGAAAGACCAUAAUUUGAGUUUGCAAAUGUAAUGUGCUGAAGUCUGUUUUCUCCCCCUCUUCCCCCAACCUUGGCUGACAUUGUCUCAGAUGGAAGCUGCACUCUCCUCCCUCCCUGUGGCUUCAUAAUGGUCUUUCUGCUUGAUGUGUAGAUGGACCUAGUGGUUUUACUGUCUAUCCAGACGUAUCCCAGACUGUUUCUGAGGCAGGGAAGGGGAUUUUAUUCCUAUGUGUAUGAGCACAGCUUCAGUGUAUUGCUAAAUGUUGGCUGCUAGCACUGACAGCUCCCAAACCUUUUAUUACUGCAAAUGACACAGACCGUGAGCAAUGGAUCUGCCUUCCACACUGAAAUGAAGAGCCUAGUGGACUGCUUGGUCGUUGACCAAGCCUUCAGAGGCCUGGAAUUCCUCUUCUUCCCGGCCUGCAAACCACCUGUAUGUGUUUUAAACUGUCUGCAGUCCUGGAACCUUUGAGAUAGGAAGUGGAUCUUGUUUACCGAUGAAGUGCUUUGAGACUUUGCCUUUUGACUCUUCUUCCCUCCGACAUGACCCUGGGAGGGGAGCAGCAGCGUGUGUUUAGUAAAGUGGAGAAGCUUCUUCAAGCUGAGUUCUGGGGCUCCAAACACCUUGGUGUUCACAUGUCGUGAGCUGACUUGCUGUUGAAAAGAAUCAAGGGUGCAGAACACUCCUUUGUGUCUGGUAACUGGAUCCUGUGGACAUAUGGCAGGGUGAUGUGGUGAUGUAAUUUUCCCCUAGCCAUAGUUUAUUUACAUUGUUCUGAUAACAGCCCCCAAGCUGCUGAACACCAGGUUACUGUGACUGACCAAAAAGCUGCCGGUUUGGCUGUAUUAGGAGCCUUCUAUGAUGUUGAUGCUCUGUCUGGACAGAGUACGUGGCGAUUGAUUGUAUGGUAAAGCUGACUUACAGAGCAAUACAUGUGGGUAAAGGUGCCCCAGGCCUGUUCACCAUGGAGGGACUACAAAGGGAAUUCUUAACCUGCUUAUUUUUAUAGACAUCUUAUUCCUAAGUCUUGUCUAAAGUCAACUUUUCUGCCCUUAACUUUCUUGUUGAGGUCGGUAGCUCAGCCUCCAUAGCCUUGUGACUAGCGUUAACCACUGCGCCAUUUGGAGCUGCUCAAAGCAGGACUGUGCAGCUUUGAGGAUGAACAUCACCAGUGGGUCUGCAGCAGCAUGUGUGCUGGGUUGAGCUAGUGGCUGCAGGAAGGUUGGGGGCAGAAAUAAAGCAGUUAUGAAGACGUAGUGGUGGUGCUUUCUGAACUGCCAGCUGCUGCAUUACUGCAAAGCCUGGCGGGGGGUAAGUAAUUCAUCUUCUUUAUGUCUGGUCGGAAAAGUACAAGACUCAAUCACUGCCCUGUUAGCUCGAAGCUGGGGAUUAGAAACAAUAGUGCACUCGGACCUUCCUGUGAGAAAUUACCUGGAAAUUGGGUGUUAACUUGCUUUACUGAUGGCUUGAAGCAUGCACAUGCUCAGCCCAGCCAGGCCUUCACCUUCCCUAAAUAGCAAGCUUGGUGACCUCCUGCACAGAGCCUCGGCAGGACCGCUGGAAGCCUUGCGGAGUCCCUCGCUGGUGGCCUUGCCAGCCCUGGAUGACGAGGCAGCUUUGUGGGACAGCAGCGCCAUCUCGAGUCACUGCUUCCAGCCAGCCUCCUGCGGACGGUUCAGCUGCCACUCUGCUCCAUGGUACCUUUUAGUCUUCAGUCACUCGUUUGGAAAUGACUUGCCACUUGAGUAUUUUACACAUUUGUGGAAUUUUUUUAAUGUGUUGCCUUUAUUAAAUGUGUUUGUUCCAAGACAGCUUUACUGCCUGCUGUCAACACUUUACUCUUCUAGAACUUCUCGUCUUUUGUUGGCCUCUAGCUUUGGUGACGAUUUAGUGAUGUUUCCAGCUUUUGUUUCUUUUGUGUUGAGCAAUAAUUGAGGGGGCAGAGUUUGAAUUCAUUUUCCUGUUCACCUGGCAUUGUCUCAAGUAAAUACAUGUUCAGAGACCCACCAGCAGUAGUACAGCUUGCCUAGAUUUCCAGAGGGCUUACUGCAGAUUUAUGCAUUUCAUAUUACUAUACUUUCUCCUAAAUAUUUUGAGAAGAUUCCUACUUUUGCUCCGAGGUAUUUGUGACAUGACAAUGACAGAUUAAUUAUCUUUUU